AUCAUCGCUGCAAAUACAGCUCCGCUGCCAUGUUUGCACUCUGCCUCUGGAUGGAAAUCGUUGCCGCAUAGACACUUUUUCAUUUCAUGUCUCUCGAUUUCGUCCGUCAUCAUGGCGAUAUAGUAAAGAGUAAAUGUCCUCGCUGGUUUUAUAGUCGGUCUUUGAGCAGGACACUUCUUGCACCAUGUCAGCCAAGGCUCAGGGUGAGUAAUAUUAGCAGUUAUUGUCGACAGCUCAGUAAGCUAACACUGCCUGACUCCUUUCUCUGAAGACACGACUGUAGGCCUCAGACCAGCUACAGCAAAAAAUAGCUUAAAUUUAGACCUGCGUUUGGGCGAUACUGUUGAAGAAAAAUGUCGUUGAAACCAAAAUGUAGCAGCUUUAUUAGCAUUGAUCCGAAAAUCUGCCUCUCGUGUAUUUAUUCAUUGGUGUGUGUUGGGCAGGUUGGACCAAAGGCUAACCUGGAUGCUAACGGUAGCUUUGUUGUGAACAGCUGAAUAUGGUUAGUUUAUUCUCGCUAGCUGCAGCUAUCCAACUUUUAUUUCACUGUGGAAACGUUACAAAUAUGACUUACUUGCCAUUCUUGAGAAUAAAUGACCGUAGAAGUGAUUUAGUAUAUGAAUUUGGAAACGAGGUUGUCAAGCCUAGGUCAUUUAGCAUAAAUGAAAGCUAAUGCUAGCCGCCAUAACAUUACCUAUAGAUGCUGUUGCUGAACUGGUUUCAUACUUGGCACAGGUUAAAGAAAACACGUUAAAUGAUCGGUGUAUUUAACUGAGUCAGUUGUAAGUUAGUGUUGUUUUAACCCUCGCCGCUUAUCGACUGGUUUGUUAUUAAACUCACUAAAGAUCAAGUGUGUAAGGGCGGCGAGAUAUGACGCAGUUCAGUGAGUGUGCAUCGAUCAUCAUCGCACGAUAUUGGAAAAUCAUUGAUCAUUAACCGCUGGCAGGAGACAGUUUACACAACCAGCCAAAACAUUAUAAACCCUUUUAGACCAUUUCCACCAUUAACUGUAAUUUUAGGACACUGUUAAUCUUGAGUUUUUGAUGCCAUGGUUAGACAGAUGAUUGUUGUUAUUGCUUGUCAUUGCAGGUUUUGUGGUUGGUUGUCUUUGCUUGCUCAGGUGUUCACAAUGUUGUUGAUGAUUCGUGUACAUUUCUUGGUUUUGUAUAUAUAUUUAUAUAUGAAUGAUUGGAGACGUAAUUUUACUGCUUUUCUAUCAGUUUGUGGAUUUGAUUAAAUCGAAGCAUGACAAAGUUUGUAAGCUCUGGGUCUGUUCCUUACUGAGUUUGAUUGUAAAGCAAGCAAAAGCGAUUCUCUCUGUUUUUCAGGAAAUAUUUUCUGUAAGAGAAAUAAGGGAACCUUUUCAAUAAGAUUUUUAAAAAUUUGUGCAACUGAACGAACAGUUUCUCAAAACAGUAGACAGGUUUCUUGUGUACAAACAAUUCUAGGUGCGCGCGCAAUCAGGGGGCAAACAAAGCCUGCUUCGAAGAGAACUGAUACCAAUGAAUAUGCCGUAUUGUUUGCAAGUUCUCCCUGACCCAAUUGCAACAAAAUGUUGUUUCAUUGAAAAAUCGCUUUGUCUUUCAUCGCAUCAAAACCAGAAAAACACUUAUUUAUAUAUUUUCUAUAUUGUAUAUAUAUAUUACCUUCUUUCUUACAACUAUUUCUACGUUUACUACCUUAAUUUCACUUGUCUAUUGCUCUCCAAUCUAGUUGUACUUUUAGUAUAAUGACAAUAAAGGACAUUCUGACUUGCUGAAAUGUCCAUGAAUUUCACUCAAUUUACCAGGUUGUGACGUUGUUUUAGAUGUUCCUUCUGUCAGGAGCAGGGUUGUAAUGUUUGUUGAUUGUUUGUUGUGCCGAUUCAUGCAGUUUACAGCACAACAGCUCCUUGUCAUUUUCUUUCUCCAUUGACUCCGCUAGUAAACAAAUAAGAAAUGUCCCACUUUCUGCCCCCCUGGCUGCGCGCACCUACCUGCAAUGACGUUGCACAGAAAUCUGUCUAUAGCAGGGCUUACAUCACUCUAAAAUAGUACGAUUUUUUUUCAUCAUGAGUGUUUCUUGAAUUUGGGUCCUUGGCCUAGAUGAGAGAAAUAACAACAAAAAUGAUACAAGCGACAACAACCAAUGUAUGAGCACUGUAUAGAGACUCAUUGUAUCAUAGUCAGAGCAUCACUUUCUGUGCCCACGCCACCAUGAGCUCUAUAUACAGUACUUGUGUGUUAGGAUGUCGGCAUCACUAUGUAAUACUCCACCUAAAUGCUAGUUGGCAGUGCAACUGAUGUAGUUAUGUUGCAAGGCACAUGGACCUAAGACAUCGAACAAGGGAACGAUUAAGCAGAAAGGCAAAUGAUGUUGAUGGCUCAAAGUCAUAGACUGUAUAUAGAAUGGACGCCAUCUGCCUCCUCGCUGGGUGAAGCCACUCCGAGAACGGCACCCUCUGGUGACGGGCUGCAAUAUAGGUCAUAAAUCCCGCCUCUGCCAGCAAAGCUUAUGGAGCUGUGGACAAACUUUAGAAAUUUAUUACACAGAACAUACAUUUUUUUCCCCCCUGCUUGCGAUUUUGACAUGUAGUUACUGUAAGACUGGUUUGUGCUCAAUGUUGGUUUCAGGAAAUGGAGAAAAAAACGUAGAAUUGCAGAGAGUUGUUUGGCUUCAAAUCUGUAUACUGGCGGAAGGCCGAACCAAGUUGUCCACAGUACAGACAGUCUAUGCUCGAGGUAGUCUGUACCGGUUCUCUUACACAACUGGUUUUCGAUUGCCAUCCCUCUCGUAAUGUGACAUGUAAACUGAGUUCUGAGAAGAGGAUUCUGGCAGACCUUGUCUGGCAAUCAAUAACUUAGCUAAACCCUUACUUAAUCCUAUAUUAUAUUUGGCUUUCCCGAUGAUGUUUCAAACAUUUCUCAGCCCAAACCGAUUGCCUAAAGGUGUAGCGCUCAGUGAAGGGCUGCAGCUGUGCACAGGGGUCUUGGAGAAGCUCUCUAUUAGAUCACACCCAUGGUUUGAUGAAAUAGGUUGAUUGAUUGAUCAUAUUGCUGUGGAAAAUAUUUGGUUUAAAUGAAUAUCACAUCUGAUAUUGUUUUGGCCAUUACAAAAAUCUCAUUUUUUUCUACGAGUAAUUUGGCUCUUACUUGCCUCCAUUUAAAGGUAAAAUAUUUACGCCCCUCUUACACUUUUUCUGCAACGUGUAACAACCAAAGGAGUAACAGUGAGGUGAAGUCAUUCCGCCUUUGAUUCCCACACAGGGGUAGCAGUAACAGAGGCAGAAUGGGUGGUAGGGGGUGGUGAUGUGCAGCGUCAGAGCUGGAAGCGUGGAACAGUGCUGUGUGUACCAGCAUGUCUGGUUGUGUGUGUAUGUGGAGCACUUGCUGUGUGUUUACAAGCCGUGCCUCUAGUGUUUACGUGGGGAGCAGUGUGUACAUAAAGAGGGGUAAUGAUGAGGGAACUGCAUCCCAGUGCAUUUGAAGAAUUGAAGUGUGUAAGAGGCAGUUGAUUAAUGUUUCCAGGGAUUGAUCAUUGAGAAUACUUUGAAUUUGCAUCCCUAUCAUGCAUCCAGCUUUAAUUUGUCAUGUGCCUCAGAAAUUGUAUUGAAUUAAGUAACACAUGGCAUGCUUUGGGAUACAGAGCUGAUCUAAUAAGAAUUCCUCUUGACAUUUUAAACAAGAUGUAUUGCACUAUUGACCAGCUUUUGACUCCCUGGUCUUGUACAAGCUCAUUACAGACAAAUUGGUACCAGCAUCUCUAAUUUUAGUGUGCUCUAGGUUAAAUAUGCAAAUAUGCAUUUGAUUGCAUAUUUAUAUUCAUAUGAUUUUUUAAAGUAUACAUGUUUACAUGUCAUCUUGGGUUGUUGGUAUACACCGUCUUUAAAAAAUAUUAAAUUUUGAUACUGAGCUCAAAUGAGAACACGGUAAUACAAUGUAGCUAAUUGGUUCACCGUAAGGGAUAGUAGUGUGUCUGUAUGUGAUUUUCUAAACAUCCUGCUGUACGUGAGCUGCAGAUGAAGAUACUACAAGUAAACUCUGAAUCUAGGCUUCUUUAUCAGUGAGUGAAGGUUGUGUGGUAAACACUCAAGUGCUGUUGGUGACCAGUAUGCAAGCCCAAGGCAACAGGCUUCACAAAUGGACCAAUGAGCGAAUGACUGUGUACAGGAAGUGCCCAUGGGGGUUGUAGUGUCCUGGCAUCACCAAGAGUUCACGACUUCGGAUGCCCUUUAGCCUGCCAGUGUGGCUGGUGGGAGUGCCCGUGUUACCCACCAUGGUUGUGUUGUUGAUGCCCAGAGUUGGUUCUCAGUAUCUCAUAAUUUUAGAUAUUCUUAGAUAAUGUCAUUUUUCUUUUUCUUUUAUAUAUAGAGCAGAUUUAACAAAACCUUUGAGUCGUCAAAUCAAUGGAUCUAAAUUCCUCGUUUUUCCUUCCAACAAAAAACGCACUUUGGGUGACAUUGGUCAUGACUAAAUUUUUCCCAUCUGAAAUUGUUAUUUGUCUGCAAAAUCCUCAACCAGUCAGUCUGUAAUCUCGUGGCUACCGGAAAGAGUAAUAUUUAUUUUGAAUUUUCUUAAUUUUUCAUUUUUAGAGGCUUUCAGUUUUUCUGUUGGGUGACUGUCUUAGUACAAGAACCAUGGAUCCAUUUGUCUGUGCCCUCUUUGUAAGAUGGAAAACUUGUCAUCAUUCUGUCUUGUGUUUAAAUAAUGGGAUGUUCUUUGAUAUUCUCAAGUGUAUCUUUUAAGGUUUAGCAAUUGUGAGCUAUAAGAAAGAUGAGUUACCAGGUCUAAUGCUUUGUGCAUCGGGCUUAUUAUAAUUCAUUUUUAUUUCUUUGAUGGGAGCAGAGUUUGUGUAAACAAAACUGUCUUUCUGUUGCAGAUUAUGAUUUUGACGAAUAUGACAAACCGGGUGCUGAGCGGUCACGCAGGAGGAGAGGUGAAGAAGAUGACCUGGAGAGGUAAACCAUCUUUUUAUGGUUUUAUACCUCUGCUGGAAGAGUGCUGCUGUGUAACCUGCGGGAGGUUGAAAAUAUAGACAGAUUGUGGGCACCAUUUAUUCCCACUCUGUGAACGUACACUGUAAAAACAUACUUUUAAGACACAUAAAAAAAAAAAAUCUUCAAAAAUGUCAAACUUUAUUGGUUGAAUAGUGUGUUUGGCUUAUUUCAGGUUAUUUUUUCUUUGCUUCUAAGAAUACUUGAGGCCCCAGUUUAGCAUUUUUCAUAAAAAACAAGGAAAAUGUGAUCGACUGUGGGGGAAUACUGAUUCCUCUUUUAGGCUAAAGUGAUGUUUUGGUGUGUCAGUCAGAUAUAAGGGUUAUGUUAAGUCAACAUGUAGUUGUUCUAUUGUUUGCCUUACACACAAAAGGACCACAAAUCUCACGUUUAGGAUCUGAUCAGGCCUUUGUGUCAAUUGAACUCUGAUUACGAUGGAGAACAAUUAUCAUUUGCUCACCAUUGGCUUAGCCAACACCUGUGUAUCUGUGCACAAGCUGCUCCUGCAGCGUGUCUCAUGUAAGUAAGACAAGACAAACAGGGAGCGUGGGUGAGGGUCUACAUCUUCAUUUUUGGAGCCAACACUGUGUUGUAUAACAACAUUUGUGCAAUAUGGCCAGUGUACAGAUAGGUGGGAUUUGGUACUGCUGUUAAGCUAUCACAUGUCACAUACGGGCACCAGCUGAUAUGAUAAAUGAUGAAUGCAGACAUAGUGAGAGCUAGAGGACAAAAGCAGAGCACUGUUUGAUACAAAUCAGCCGUAUACUGAAAUGUCAACAUUUUACCACCCAUUAGCUUAAAAUUACUCAUAAAUAUUAUACACAUGAAUGAACUGUUCACGGUACCAUGAGACACGGCACAGGGAUUAAUUUUCAACAAACUUAAACCUUUUUAUAUAAAACUAGUCAAAUCUGUCGAUAACAACACUUUCAUCUCAAAGAGAAAAGAGAGGUCUUCAAAAGCACCUACAGUUACGCAUAGUUACAUUCAGAUAUAUACAGGCUUGACUAGACACAGCCAGCAUGCAUUUUUAUGUCCAUUUUCUAAAAACUUUAUUUAACUUGUGCUACUGCUCUGACUAGCAACAGUGACAACAUUGAAUAUUGCCAAACAUACUUUUGUUAAUCGAGGAUAGAGAGAAGUAAAGUAUCAUCAUCAAUCUAUAGAGGUAUAAAGGAAUUGCAAAAGAUUAGCUUUUAAUAACACUGUUGCCAUUAUCGAUUCUGUUUAUCAAUUCCUGUGGAUUAUGGUGUUUGACUAAAGUUGGCUCAUACAGGUUUUCUGUGACAACGCAAUUGUUAUGAGUUUUCAUUACCUUCACUGUCUAGCUAAUGAUCCCUGUGGGAUAGAAUAGCCUCUGGGUGCCGUAGAAACACAGGGACUACUGCAGAAAGCUCACAGUCUUAUAAAGUGAGGGAUUUUUACAUGAGGUCAGUGUGUCCUGCUGCUCUGAUUAUAGAGCAGACUUGUAGACAUAACAACAGUAUUACGUCAUACAAAUGGAUUAGAUGACUUUUAUCUUUAGCGUGCCAUGAUAAAAUUCCUCAACUCCUUAGUUUCUGCCACAUCAUUGUUUUGCAAGGAGCCCUGAACUUAGAGGAAGCCAUCGAUCAGGGAACGGUAAAGCGUCAAGGCCAAAUUACGUCACCGGCCUGAACUAGUUGGAACUGUUUCUCAUCCGGUUUUUGAUUCACAUCCCUACCAGUCCUCCAGAGAUAUUUUUCUUGAUAAUUUUUUUGAAGACUUGAUCAUGACAGGUGUUGUGGAAGAUCAACAUAACUCAGUAAAAUAAUGCACAGGGGACAGGAUGAGAUCUGAAGAGCAGCCUGGAUGUCGUUUAUUGUACAGAUGUAGAAAUCAGUACAGAUGACAAACAGAGUCUUGACCGAACCCAAGGAAAGCCUCUUGCUUACAACCUCCCAGUCAUGAGGCUGCAUAAGAAGGCCAACCCAGCUUACUUGUAACCCCUUAAUAAAAGAUAAUCACUCUAUAUUUCUUUACCUAAAUGUAUGGAAAGAUUCUACUUCACAGGCAGCAUCCAAACGCACAAUGCCAUAAAGUCUGCAAUUUCAUCUGACUCAGCUUAACCUGUUCUUUGGUUGUGACUUCUCCUCAACAGUGAUUUGGAAGAGGAGUUACUGGAGGAGGAUUGGCUGUCAGGAAAAAAGGUAGGAAAAAAAGCCAGCUCAGUCUUACUGCUUUUUUUUGUGCCGUUUAAAAGGACCUAAGGUUGCUUUACCUGAGUUAAAAAAGUAAGGAGCACACAAAGAACUUAAGGGGCACAAUGAAAAUUGAUCAAAUAAUGUUUGUCUUAUUGGUCAACAUAAGUACUACUAUUUGAAAUCAAUUUUAGGUCUUUUGGUCACAUGACAUGGAAGCUAUUAAAGAACAUGUUCAAAAUGUACCUUUUAUAUUUAAUAAAAAAUUUUUAAUGACAAAUCAGGGAAAUAAAGCAGUGUGUCUUAUUGGUCGAUAUAAGUAUCAUUAUUUGAAAUCAAUUUUAGGUCAAUUGGUCACAUGACAUGGAAGCUAUUGAAGGAAAAUAGCCUUUUUUGAGAACAUCAACUGGUAAUUUAUUGAUGGUCCCUUAUUCAACACCAAGUAGAUUUUACCACGUUGCUGUUACUACUCUCCCAGUUAUGGAGAGAAAGAAGACACGGGUAGAUCUGCAGUGAAUGUCCGUUGAUUAUCCGACCUAAAACUAACUUCACCGUGGUAUUUACAUGAAAAAACAUUUGUUGCCUCGGCAGGCUUUUUUAUAGCACAUGUGCCCCUAAAUACAUUUCACAAUAUGCACACAUCUAUGUUUAGUCCCAAAUGCGAGUAAAAUGGUCGCUCUGUCGAGCCCUGAUAAAUGUAAUAAUUAUGAGAAAAGGACUGAGACAGGUGAGAAGGUUUUAGGGUCCAAUGGGAGCGUCAUGGGAGGUUGUAGGUUGUGAUGAACUUACAUUUUUAUAGCUGGUACAUCAAAACACUUUGGCUUGCCAGUGUGGUUCCUCUGCACAUGGACAGGAAAUGAUACCUAAACCAUUGGGUGUUAGCGUUGGUAGAACAUGUAGAAAAUAAAAGUGCAGUGCACUUGAAGCAGGUGGCUCCUCCACAGGGGGAAAUGUUGAUGUGAACCAGGAGGAAGUACAGUGGACAAAAAAGAGCCUUGUUGACCUGCCCAGAUUGCCUUCACCACAUGGGAAUAGAGCAUCCUUUGGGGUGGGAGGUGGUCCCCUGCCCCCACACCUCACAUACUAACAAACAGCAAAGGAAGUGCAGUGUGAAAUUAAAAAAAGAACAGACCAUAAUGUGACUGUACUUUUGUAUCAGAACCCCUCAGAAGUGUCUGAUGAGGAGCUAAAUGAUGACCUCCUGCAAAGUGACGAUGAAGAUGUGGACAUGAGGUGAGCUAGUUGAGAAAAGUUUUGGAGUCUGUAAUUUUUUUUGUAGAUUUAAAGCUGAUUAAAGUUCAACAUACAAUUGAUCUCAUUAUAUCCUGACACGUAAUGUUGCAUUUCUGUUUUGCUCGUUUUCAGCGGUCAGGAAGUCAGCCUCAAUGCCACAUAUAGCUUCGGCGCAUCCUAUGAGCAGCAGGGCAACUCACAGGAAACAGACUACACAGAUGACGUGGUGAACCUGGGUGCAGAGGGCUGUGAAGAAGGGGAUGUCGACGAGGAGGGGGGCUACCAGGAAGAAGGGGGGGAGGAGGAGUACACGCAGGACUACAGCCAGGAUGAAAACACAGAGAUGCACGGAGACCAAAUGGAUUACACAGAAGAGCAGGCUGAGGGUGACGACGGUUACCAGGAUGAAGUGCUAGACAUCCAAAUCAAUGAGCCUUUAGAUGGUGAAUUUCAAGUGAGUUCUCACAUUUGCCUACUCACACUAAAAGCUCCACAAACACACACACACACACAUGUCCUCCCACUCCCUUUCUGUCUGACUCUGUUGUGUCUCAGAGAUAAUGUCAGUUUUCUCGUCUCUGUAAAAGGACAGUCAAGAUUGAAAAUCCAUUCAGGUGAAGGAGAUGUUGGUUGGCGUUUUUGGGCAGGAGAGGAUUAGAUUCAUUAUCACCCCCUGUCAGUUAAUUUCUCCAUCUUGCUGACAAAGUUUGUGUUGACAGCUUGUUUGGCAUGAGGUAAUGCUCUGCUGUCGCCUUCACAUCCCCGCGCCUUUGUGACCUUGGGCGCUGUAUCUUUGAGGGAGUAAGAAGCUGCUUUGUGUCGGGGAGAUGUGCUGCCAAUCGGCGGAGGUUAAUGUGGGGGGCUUUUAUCUCGGGCUUUAGACUGGAUCUGAUAAAGUCUCAUGCAGGUGAAAAGAUUAUUGACCUUCCCGAGGACACCCCAUACAGUUUUCUAAUGAUUGAUGCGAGUUUUCCUUUCAUUCGUUUCCCUUCCCCUCUUAGCCGGGACUAAGAGGAUCAAAGAUAAGACCAGAUCCAUGUGCAAAUGUCCGUUAUGGUCCAUUUACCAAGGUGUGAUGGUGUUUGGCACCUGACAGAGAUAUAUUAGCCUUCCUCCUCUUUCCAAACAAAGAUAAGAUGUUGACCUUACGGAGGGCGUGUGGCACGAGUGGGUGCUUAUUUUGGAUUUUGUGGAACGUAACGUUUGCAGGCGUGUUUGUGUGUGUGUGUGUGUGUGUGUGUGUGUGUGUAUUAUGUGUAAUAACUGUUUACAAGGUCACUAACCUGCCUGGCCUUGACAUUUUGCUCGCCACGGUAUUCAUUGAGUGCUAUGUGGAACAGUUUAAAGGAUUAAGCGGUUGUGUUCCCUUGAGGCUGCCUGUCCAUCCGUCUGGUUUGCCGAGUGUUUUUUUUUUUCUUUUCUGCAUUAAUAUGUGCUGCUGUUUGGCAGGUUAAUGGAGCGCAACACCAAACACUUCGAUGUGACCUACAGUCUGACCUUAUUUAGCAAUGAGUUUUUGUUUCAGGCUGUUGUGCUGAUUGGUUGUUUGACUCACCAGUGCCCCAUAUACCAUUAGAAGGAGCGAUUGGGUUAACUGGGGCAACGUAAAUCUGUAAAGCAAGCAUCACUCCUCGAAGAGAAUCCCCUUGAAUUUCUUUGUGUAACAGUAAAAACUGAUUUGUCAUCUCACAUAAUGUUUAUGCCGGGGUGAUGUUUUUGGCACGGAGUCAUGAACUUGCAGGGCGGCCAAUAACAGCGUGAUUUGCGAGGAGUCAAGUCAAUGAUAUUUUCACCAUCACUGAACUGGGGAGAACUGUUUUUAUCUGCGCCUGCAUUUCUGUAUAUCAUGUCAAACAUUUACAUCUCAUUGAAUUUCAAAUGCUGUCAGGAAUAGUAAUGAAGCCAGGCUCCCACUGUUAUGGUAAUUUGGGUUGGGAGGAGGGCUUGCAUGGUGUCUCCCCAAAAUCCUCUGUGUAACAUUUUAAUGUUUGCCUUUGUGCUUUUUAAGGGUUUUUAAAUAAAAAGGUCAAAUUUCUUUAAAUCCUUAAUAUGAUUUUAAUAAUUAACUGAACCUCAAAUGGUUUUUACACAUCCAUAUUUCUUAACAUAUUCCCUUGAAUGUCAGUCGGACUCAUCCAUGUAUGUCUUGUGUUUAUAUGUAUAGCUCCUGUUGUAUACUGCAGCAGCACUGCCCUGCAAAAACAGAUGUCAUAAUCGACGGUUAUUCGGCAGUGGCGAAAUCACAGUCAGCUGUUUAUGAUCCUUCUCAAAAUAUUUGUCUAAAUCUGUCUUAUCCAUGCACUCUUUUUAGGACGAUGAAUAUCAAACCUCCUAUGAUGAGCCUCUGGGCGAACACGAAGUCCAACAGGAGGCCGCCCCAGAGGAGGAAGCGGGGGUUGAGGGAGGGGAGGGAGAGCAGCAGGAAGAGGAGGAUGAAGAUACAGCCGAAGGCUCCCAGGUCCCUGACAUAGACGAGGUAUGCUGGGACCCCUAUAUCAACAACGCACUUCUUCUUUUUGGUUGAUAGUCAUUGAUUCCCACUUAUUUUACAGGAGCAGAUCUGGUUACAUAAUAUUAUAUUUUAUAUUUGAGCUUUUUAUUACAGCUCAGUGGAGUGAUUUGGGGAAUUUUUGGUGUUCAAUAUGUUUAAAAUAUUUUACAUGUCUGCUUUCCUGAUGUAUUUCACAGUUGCUUAAGAUGUUUUCAAAUCUCUUGUUUUGUUUGACAGCGUAUUCGCAUAGGGAACAAAGAAAGCAGAAUAUUUCACAUAUUACAGAUACAUACAUAUCAUAACAUUCAAGGCAUUUUUCCUUAAAACACACAGAUUAAAUUCCAACAACUGCAUAGGAGAGCAAGUUUGGCCCUACUGACCCUAAACUGAAACCAGCUGUCCUGAGAGGCAGUAGUGAAGGAUGUGUGUGUGUGUCAUCAACUUUUGUUUUUAAUCCUCUAAAAACGUCUCCAGGGGGAAAAUGAAGCUGUGCCUGAAGAUGAAGCAAAGGACGAAUCUGAUGAGGAGGAUGAAGAAGACGAAGAGUCUGGUCGCAUACGGUUCAAAUCGGAGAGAAAAGAGGGCGCUGUUGCACGGUUGGCUGAUGCAGGCAGUAAAAGGAGGAAUAUUCCCGAAACACUUGGUACAACUUAUUUCUGCAAGCAUAAUUCAUCCUUUACUUUGAGAAAUUCAGAGUAGAUUACUUCCUUGUGCUCUGUCAAAAAUCCUCAUUGUCUUCUUUAUUUUUGUUCUAAAGCUGGAGCUUUUUAUGAAGGUUAUUGAAGAAGUGAACUUUUUCUCAUUAGAAUUAUCAGAGAAGGCCAAACAAGACCUGCUGCAGUUUGAGGAACAAGAACGGCAGAGGAAACAAAGCCGUUACGGAGGCAGAGGCAGAGGAGGAGGAGGAGGAGGAGGAGGGCGAGGAGGCAGAGGAAGAGGAGGCUUCCAAUCCUUUGGAAUGGCAGAUUUUCGAGGAGGAAACAGAGGACGAAUGAAUGACCAGCGGAUCCCUCUGAUGGGAAACAUGGGCAUGCAGGUAAGCUAUUAUUAUCUACCACCUAAACAAUGCCUCACGUCUCCCUCCCUUCACCUGCCACAGGCAAAACAAGGUUUGUCAUCUUUGUGCCAGAUGUUUGGUUGUUUGCUGCGCCUUUCUUCACCGUCUAAGACCUCCAGAUCCAUCGCCAAUUGCACAUGUAAAAUGUCAGAACACUGUCCCAUAUCAAUGUUGAUAUAUGGAUUAUGGCAGCAUUUGGCAGUUGUCCAUUUAGACGGCAUUAAACAAAAUCGGAUUUGUUCUUUGCCUGGGAUUUAGUUCCUUGUGGGCUUUUGUUAUUAGAUACCUUUCCAAGCAUUUAAUCCUUUGAUUUACAUGGCUCAUCUGGCUCAUCAGGUCAUACAAGACUAUUUGAAGGACUAAAAGGAAAGCCACUUUUAAUGUGUUACCUUAAAAAAGUGGCGGAGGAACUCGCCGGAUGUUUCCACAUUUUAAAGGUUACCAAAGAAACCAAAGAAGCGUGCUGACAUGUUGAAACACCAGUUCACCAUUGUGUAUUCUCAAGGCAGAGUUUAACCUCAGCUCAUUAUUCUUGCGAUUUUUUUUCUUCACUCAUUUAACGAUAAUAGGCCGUAAAAUUGAAAACAAACAGAUCCAGACUGUAAAUGAAAUUUAAUGACAGAUGGCCGACACGCCGACACCACAAACAUCCUGCUGACUGCUGUUAAUGAGCUCGUACUUUUUACACCAUACUGCAGAUUUAACCACUGGACUAAUUUGGUCACUGUUUGACGACUGUUUGUUUGUUUGUUUGUGUAUUUAUCUGGUUGUUUGUUUGCGAGGUGAAACAGAUAGACUCGCCAAUUAUCAAGGAGCAAUUUGAAACAUCACCUGUUGUUAUUAGUGUUCAUUUAGGAGUUUGUGCGUCACUGGGUGAUGAUUUCCAAUAGUGGCAGACAGCAGACUCUUGGUUUUGGUCUUUGUUUCGAAGUUGUUCUAACACUGGUUCACUUCAGGAAUGUACAUUUGAUGCUUCAAGAAACUUUGGCUUUGGUCUUUAGACUUAAAAAGACUUUUAAGUAAAACGUGUGCUUUCAAUCCUCAGGGGAGGCUUUGCAUACAUUGACUGGAGGACACCAUAUUUGCUUUUCUGUUGAAUUGACUUGUUGGUGUGACACCAUAUGCCUGAAACACUGACAUAAGAAACUUCCCAUUAAGAAGUAUGUUUUGACAGGCUGUCUUGGUUUUUUCUCUUCUCUCCCCAUCUCUUUCCAAUUAGCAGCAAUCCUCCCGAAUGCCUCCUCCUCAUCAGCUUCAUCAGCAGCAACUGCACUCCCAGCAGCACCAUCCUUCACGUCCAAGAGGACUCCCUCCUUUCCAAGACCACGGGCGCCCACUGGCCCAGCAGCCUCUACAGCCCCUCAUCCCCCCGCACAUGUCUCACCGCUCCCCACCUUUGCGGCCUCAGAUGGAGCCACCGCCGCGGAUGAUGAGCUCCCCGCCACCCAGCUUCCCCCAGCAUCACCAGCAGCAGCAGCUUCCACAGCCCAAAAACAUCCACAUUAACCCGCAUUUCAGAGGGCCUACGUCUUCGUCUGUACAAGGUACGCUCCUCCAUCCUCACUCAGAGGUCUACUGCCAGGCUUUGUUUUGUGCAUCUCAAAGAAAAAGGUCAUGCAUUUUUUUUCUUCUAAUCCCAAGAUGAUGUCUAACCACAAUUAAGCUAUUUACUAUUGGCAUAUAUGCAUGAGGUAUGAGUGGUAUAAAGUGAAGAUAGGCUUAUCAUAAUUAGGGAUGCACCGAUCCGAUAGAAAUCGGCUCCAAUAUUGACAAAUGAACUGGAUCAGGUAUCUGAUGAAUGACGCCAAUCCAGUGUUCCGAUCCAGUCUUUUUUUUCUUUUAAUCAAUAUCAAACACAACAACACAGCGAUUCUGUUCACUCUAUAUUCUAUUUCUUUCUAUCCUUUUGCUCUAAAUAUUUACAUGGAAGUCUUACUUCUUUGUGCUCUGUGCUAAUGUGCAAUUUGUUAUUUGUUAGUAAAUAAUAUUAAGUACAUUUAUAUCUGUGUUAAUUUUUUACCUUUUUUAAACGAGGCUAAUGUCAAGCCUGACGCCUUCACUCACAGGGCAAGGUUUACAGUUCAUUCAUUCAACAGUAGUAUUGGAUUGGUAUCAGGUAUCGGCCGAUGCGCUCAGCCCCAGUAUUGGUAUCGGAUUGGAUCGGGAAAAAAUGGACCAUCUCUAAUCGUAAUUGAAUGAAUCUGGAACAUUUUUACAGGGUUUUUUUCUGCUGAGUUUUUUGAGUGUAUUAUUUUGUUUUAAGCCAAACCAAACAGCAGGAUAUGAGCUCCCUGAUGAGGAUUUUAGUGCAAAGUUAUACCAGCUUACCUUAGUCAAUUCUUUCUUUAUGAAGACAAACAAAAUGCUGUGGUUAUUUUCGCUGUAGAAAUUUGCUCUAUCUUGAUUUUGAAAAUCAGAAGCUUCAUCUCGUCCACAGUGGAGCAGCGCUAGUUAAACAGCAAGAUGCUGAGUUGAGGUGUAUGAUGCUGUCAUAGCUGGCAGUUAUCCUCGCGGUGUCCUGAAAGGUGUCUGGAUUAGAAUGUCAUUUUGUUGUUUGCUUGAAUGACAAGUGAAUAGCUCUCUCAGCCAGUAAUGGGUUUAUCCUCCAUUUCUCUUCUGGAGGCAUCACCAUUUCAUUCCCUGAGAUGGGUUUAUCUGGCCUGUCUGCCCAGGCCAAGAUUGAAAUUUUGUUAGCAAAGCAUGUUAGCACAGAUAUGUGUGUGUGCGUGUGUGUGUGUCAUUGUGUGCAAGUGUGUAUGGUUGAGAUUUUACUGCUGAGAGGAAGCCUGGAAAAUCGGGGAUUGCCUGUGGUUAUGAUUAAGUGUGAGCGUGUGUGUGAGUGUGUGCAUGCGUGCAUGUGCUUGUAUACAUGCCUAUUAUUUUUUAAGGGGUAGAUACCAAUUAAAUCUUCCGGUUGCAGAUAUUUACAGACUUUUACAGUUGCUCUUAUUGUGAAACCAGCAAAUAUAAUGCUGUAUGAUAUCAAAUAUAGCACAUAAACUUUAUUAUAUGUACAAUGUAAAAAUCCAGUACACCAAAAUCAUGUUUGUUCAAAUUCCAAAUCAAAUUGCUUUUUCUAAUUUGUUGAAUUUAGUGGUUUAUACUCGUGUAAUUCAUAUUUCCUUCAGCGCUCCGGUCUAAACCCAGCUGUGUAAAGAUGUGAGGGGGCAACUGUGAUAUAAAUUUAAACAUGUGUGCCUGUGAAACAGCCUUUAGCAUGGAGAUGUCUAAUGGGCUCCUCCCUUUCUGCUAUCAUCACCCUCUCUCUGCCUCCUGCCCUCUUAUUUUCAUCUCUCUUCCCCUCUUGCCCCCCUUCCUCUCGCUUGCCCUCCCUCUCUCUCUCCCCCCUCUCUAUCUCAUUGCAGUGCCCUUGAUGCCUCCUGCUCAGAGCCAGCCCAGACCUGCUGUGGGUCCUCAGAGAUUCCCCGUGAGUAGCAGCUGCUCCUCUCCCUCCCUUUCGCCUCACUUUCUCUCCCUCUCCACACGGUUCGCGUCCCUUUUUGUAAAGGCAAUAUCAUUAUGGCAAUUAGACCGCCUGCCCUGGCCAAACACUGUUAAAGCAAAUCUGUAAACACUGAUACCAGUCUGGCUGCACAACUGGAAAUGCAUGAUAGGGGCUUUAGGCAGUAGACUUUUGGAGGUCAGGGCGGCAGUGGCGAGACUUAGUUAGCAACUCUUCAUGGAUGGGCCAGGGCUCAGACUAGCUUGUUUGGCACAUAAUGGAAUUGUGAAACCAGGAUAAACUUCCAGUUAAAAUUCACUUUCCACAAGUUUGUGUCCCAAAGGCACCGAGACCUUUUUUGAACGGCAUUUGAAGUAAUGGAACAUGCUGGUAGUUUGAUGGGGCUUGGGGUGAGCCUCUUGCCUUUUAGCGCAGCACAUCCAGAAAGCUGAAUUUCACGUCAGAGAAAAGGGAUCUUAAGUCAGUGAUUUCCUGUAAGAAAAGGUCCUUUGUAUCACUCACAAAGAACCCACCCGAGAGAUGACAGAAAUGCCUUUGGAGUAAUUACUGUAUUGAAGGAAAUGGCUUGCCAAAAAGUCAGACAAAGUGCCUUUAGUUACUCCGUCCUUCUAUUUAAUGAUGCCCAGGCAUCAGGUGUUGCUGCCGCUGCUGACUGACAUCCUCUACAAAGUGCAUUUUGUAUGGAUUUAUGCAAAUGAGCCAUUGGAAAAUAGCUGCAACCAAUUGCGUUCAUGUGGAUUUAUGACCCUGUUGCCAAAUGAGUCAGUCUUUCACACCAGAGUCAAUCCAUCCAAAAACAAACAAACAAAAAAUAUUUGUAUUUACUUCUUUUCAACCUUCAGUGUCAGUAUUGUGCAGCCUCUGUUCCCCCGAGCUCUGCGAUCGUGUUAGAUUCUGAUAGCACAGUAGCAGGGAUCUGUUUUUGUCGGUUCCACACAAGAAGAUGAGUUUGGAAGGGUUCGCAGACAACUGGGCUGAUGAACAGCAUAGUGUUGGACUCCCUAGCUGUCAGUGGUAUUCAGGCUGCCGUUGCCAAGGACACAAUUUGAAAUGCAGGUGACAUAGCAGCCGGCAACAUUCCAUUUACCAGUGGGCACCUGAUUACUCAUGAUUAUCAUACAUUAUCAUCCCAUCAAAUUUAAUUGUUAAAAGACCGAGCGAGUGGGGGGUCAUUGCCUCUAGUACUACUGCAUUAAAUUCUUGCUGGUGGAGACUGGUUUUGAAAUAUUAAUCUCGGUGCCAAUUAAACUUAUUAGAAUAUUUAAUCUGUUGUAAUAAUGAUAUUCAGUUUGACCAAGAAAUCAAGAUGGUACCAAUAUUUUUUGAGAUUGAAAUCUUCUCAGAUGGCUCUCACAGCUCCUUCAAUCUUUUGUGAACUGUACCGUAUCAUGAACACAAAGAGAGAAUAUGCUCAAUACCUGCAGUUUGUGUGUGUAACUACAACAGAUUCAAGAAAAAAAACAUCCCUCUCUCCUCGAAUUUCCCUUCUUUAUAAAAUAAUUUGACAUUUGGCCCCUCUUCAUUAUAAAUGUCUUGGUUAUCCCUUCACUGUUAAGAACUAUCCUCGCAUCACUUACAAAUGGAGUAGCCCGCAGCCUGUGUAUCAAGGAUUAAAAGUGAGAGGAUGAGCUGUUAUUUAAGAGGUAUUAUAUGGACACCAGAGUCCUCAUUGUGCAAACCUGCCUGCCUGACCUUUUAGAACAUUAUGAUUGCGCCCCCUCUGUGAUCCCCCUGUCUUUGUAAGCCCCUUUGAUUAACUUUCUGUUAAGCAAGUUUUUGGGACUCUGGCCUUCUAGCUUUCGAACGCCUCUCCUCUCUAAAUACCGCCACGCAGCAGUGGAAUAAAGAUGGAUUAAGCCUUGAUAGCAUCUUAAGUAAUUUACAAUAGGCUUUGAGGAGGCAAGAAGCCCAUUUGUGGAAAUGCCACGUGUUGAAUAGCAGGUUAAUUUUUCAACAGAGAUGGAUGUUUAAAAGAAUAAAAGAGACGGUUAUGAGGGGGAUUCGAAUUCCAAGGAGGGAUUAAAGGGUUGUUAUCUAGUUUUCCUUGGUAGGGAGAUUGGAAGUAAUGUGCAUGCACUGAGGAGAAAGCUGCGAAACACACGCAGUGGUUGAAACAAAGGUGAGGGCACUUAUCCCUUUCUGAAAUACCCUUUCCUUGUUAGAACCAGGCUUUCAGAAGGUUUAUCAACAAAAGCCCAAGUAGCAUUAAUGCAGGUCUGCUCAUGAAUUCAAGCUGAAGGGUUUACUUUAAUACUGGCAUGCAUAUUGAUGUUUACAACUAGAGAUUCUGCGUCUUUUUAAUGACCCCAGCCUUUCAAUUACAAGCGCUCCCCACACAAUGCGAUUCUCCCCAACAAAUUCCCAUUUUUCAUUAGUUUAAUUUGUUUGUGAUUAUUGAGUUCCCAGUAUGGCCUAUAAUGCAUGACUUUCGCGUUUUCCCAGGGACCGGGAGACUUCCAGCAGCACAUGUCUGGUAAUUUUGGCCAGCCCCAGCGGCCCCCUCAUCACAUGGAGCCCUUUAGGAACCAGCCACCUCAAGGCCCCCAAGACAGAGAGCCCCUCUUUAUGGGAGGUGAGUCCCACACCCAGCCUUGACUUCGGUUACAAAGCUCUCUUAGCAUAUUUAAUCCUAUUCAGCAUCACCUCUGGCAGUAUACCUACAGGGUAUGCUGCUAGCUUUCUGCUGCUCUAUUAGCAGCACUCAUGUUAAAUGCAUGUGUAUAUAUAUACAUCUGAAUGAGCCUUGGAAACUGCAUUAAACAGUUACAUUGUGAUUCACUGAUUUCACUGACACCGUUGACGCAGAAGUAAAUAAAAAUCACUCGGUUGUUUACCUUUUAACCCUGAUAGAGCUGUCUGUUUUCCUCGUUCAAACAUUUCUAUAGUAGAUGUCUCGAGUAGGAGUUACCGAUAGAUUGAAAUUGGCUCACAAAGCAGAAAACUGACAUCACUGCUGUUGUUCUUUCGCUCUUUUCCUCGCGUGUGCACAGAGCGCACAGAGUCAGCACGGUUUCCUGGGCAGCACAUGUUUGAUCACCAGGGUCCCAGCCCUCUAAUGAACAACAACCACAACCUCCACCAUCAGCAGCAGCUGCCUGGUCAGGGCCACAUGGGCUUCGGCCCGCCAGGACCAGCCUUCAACCAGCCAAACCAGGGUCCAUUAGGGCUUUUUUCCAGAGAACCCCAAAGACCGAACCUCCCUCCCCACCAAGGUCACCAGGGGAUGGUGGGCUUGAAUCAACAAGGAGGCCCCCCUAAUCAGCCCAGGCCAUUCAUGAACCCUCGCCAACCAUUCGGCCAGCAGGGGAAUCUUUUCCCCCCUCCACAAGUCCAGUUUGGGAUGCAGGUACGACUAAGAGUAAGUGACUCUUAUAAUUAUUAGAAAUCUGUAUGAUUGUGUGUGUUGGUUGGUUUUAUCUUGUAUUAAUCUAGCUCUUUCCCUACUGUGCCGUGAAUUUGUUGACUGAAAAUUGCAGUUUGAUCAGUGUGAUGAGUUUUCAGAACAGUUUCCUGUCACUUUAAAUCCCAAUUAAGGAUCUUGAUGAGUAAUAGAUUUUUGUCACCGCAACAGAGUCUCUCAAGUUUUGCCUGUUUUUUUUUUUUUUUUUUUGCUCUAGAUCGUUAAAAUGACUUUUGUGAGAACAAUAAAAAGACCAGAGUACUGUACACAUAAAAAACAACAGAUUACAUAUCAUAUUCACUGGCAGUGAAGCACUGAGGAAAGACCUGUGUUUUUGGCCCCUCUGCACUUUGCCAAGAGACAUAGACAAGAGCUCCCUCAAGUGGACAAAUCACCAUUGUUGUAGCAAUUGUUGUGUAGCUACUCAAGCGCAGAGUUAGAGUUAAAUGUUUGCAGCAAGGCCGGAGUUAGUGUUGAGAUAAGAUUUCUGAUCAGUUCUAUCUGUGCUGUUGUAUAAAAUUCUAACAGAACGAACAUGAACACUUUUUUUUGUGUUCUUUAAACAAAUACAAGGCUCUGAUUUUGUGGCUUUACCCGUAUUUUUUGUUGUUUUUAUUUCCAGGGGUUAAUGCAUGGCCCUCCUGUGUCCCAGCUACCGCAUCACGACCCCUUGUCGUCCCAUCAGCCCCUGCACCAACACCAGCAACAUCACCGUCAGGAGCUACCCCAUCAUCAUCAGCAGCAGCUAAAUGUCAAUGAGCCUCGCCCCAUGAUGCACCAUGGCCAGAAUCCCUUCCACCAACAGCAGGCACACAGUAGCCCCAGGCAGAUGACUCCGCGCCCUCAAAACCCCCAACAGCGAAACAUGUCCAACAGGCAGAGGAUGGUGAGACAUUUACAUACGAGCUCAACAUUUCCAACUGAUGAAGGAAGUAAAAUGGUUCAUAUGUUUAAUGGCUGUCAUUUGAAUUCCUGCAUGUUGUUCGUUUUUUACUAUCUUACCCUAAAUAAAAAAUGGCGUCUUAAAUAUAUGAACAUCACACUGAUUGAUCUCCGUCGUGCCCUUUCUUCAGAACACGCCUGUCUCCAAGCAAAUGCAGCAGCGCAACAGCAACCUACGGGAGCUCCCUGUAGCACCGGGCAACACAAACAUGAACAGUGCCCGCCCCGCUGCCAACGUUAGGCCUGUUGCCAAGGCAACGCAGGGGGUGCGUCCUGGGCAGAACACUCAGCCUGUGCCUGGCAAUGGCAGAGGAAGAGGCCAAGUUGCUGCCAAGACUGAAUCCCAGCCUGGGGGAGAAGGCAGGACAGUGGUUCGCAAGGAAAUCCCAAGAACUCAGGCCAGCGCGGCACCACAGGUCAGCUUUUUAACACCUCAAGUACCACAAAAAAAAAACUGAUUUGUGCACCAUAAUAGAAAAAUUAAUUCUAAUACAUUUAUGAUAUGAUUUAAUUUUGAAAUCAAGAUAUCAAUAUGUAUCACGGAUCCAGAAAUGGAUUUGUAAAUUGUGUUUUUUUUUUCCAGCUAAAUUGACAGCGACUUGGAAAUUGUUCGCUGGGCCAAGCUUAUUAGUGUGCUGAGAAGCACUCUCAUUUAUUAAAAGCCCAAUCAUAAGGCUGCUAAUGACUGCAGUCUCAUUCCAUUGGAAAGAACAGAUCAAUACUCUUGCAUUUUCCUCUUGGGUUUUGGCUUUGAUUACAUCUGAGUGUCAGGCCAGCUAGUAUGGUUCAUAUAGGAUACAAUGCCAAAUGAAACCGCUUCCAGUAUGCAGAGACAGAAGCAAUCAUGCGCUCAGUUCUUUUUUUCAUUUCUUCUUCUUUUUUUUUUUGCUAUAGGACCCUGAUGAGGAUGAGGAGACGAGGCAGUACCGUCUGAAGCUUGAGGAGCAGAAGCGUCUCAGGGAGGAGAUACUGAGGAGGAAGGAGAUGCGACGGCAAAUGCAGGCAGGCGUCAGGAAGAAAGAGCUGCUGGACAGGCUCAACUCCACUCAGAUCCAAGGCACAGCUCCUGCACAGAACCAACCCCCACAACAGAACCAGCAAACACCGAUCCCUGCUCAACAACAACAGCAGCAGCAAGAACAGAGACAGCAGAACCAACUACAACCACAGCAGCAGAGACAGUUUCCCCUGAGAACACCACAAUCAAUGAAUCAGUCAUUAAAGGGUCCCAAUCAAGGCCCCCUCAUCCCUCCCAAUGGUGACUCUCAGACCCUUACCCCUCGUCCUAAUGUAAAGACACGUCUGCAGAUGGUUAAAGGAAGCAAUCAACAGCCACUGAUCCCUGGUCCCAAUCAGAACAGUGCUCUUCAGAACGUCAACAGACCUGGAUCUCAGCUCCAUUCCAACCAGGUCCCACAUAAAUUAACACCUGUACCCCCCUCUGUGGGCCCCGGCCAGGCUCAGACUCAGACUCAAGAACCUAAACCCGGAGCUAAAAGAACUGUUAUGCAGCGCGCCAAGAGCGUUGGUCCCGUUGACCAGCAGGUGCCGCAAAAAGUCAGAGUCGUCAAACUUUCAGGAGCGGUGAGCUCAAGAUUUCUUUUUUCUCUUCUGUGUUUUUUUUUUUGGUCCAGCAUUUAUUUGAUACUCUAUUUAACAGAUUUGACCCACAUGGGAAACGACAGGUUGGAAAUGAAAGGCCACUGACGUCUAUUUUGUAAUCUAGAAGACGUCUGACCUAUGAGAAUGACACGGUGAUGUCUGUGUCAUUUUGGCAAAAUUGAUCUGUUAAGAGUUUCCCCUCUUAAGCUUUGGGAACUGAUAUUUAAGCCUCAAUACCUACAUGUACAUUUUACCUUUAAGAACACAGACAGGCAUUAAAGAGAGCAGAAUGACAUUUAUCUGUACAUCUCAUCGCUGCUCUUAAAGGUUGAUAUCCUCUUUUAAGGGCAGAAGAGGAUCCUUCAAAGGGAGAAUGACAAUAAUACCGAAACAGUCUAGAAUAGAACCACUUCCGGCCUUUUUAGACUCACUUGAUAACUCACUGCUGUGGCCUUAAUUACACAUUAAUCUUUAUUGAAAAACCACAAAAGGCACGCAUGUUAAACAUUCAUACUUGUCGCUGAUGAGACAUGAUGGUAGGAUGUGAGAGUAUUCGAAAUAAGCGGAUUUCCGUCUCCAUCCCCGAGGAUCAAGCCACGGAGCUAAAAUCUCUGUCUGGCUGCAGAUGAAGAUAACUGGGUGUCAGUGCGUUAAUGGAAACCUGCGCAGAGCUAUCUGAUGUGCCGCAUCUUUGAGAGAAAAGAGGGAGUGGGAUGUGAGGUGGAGAAAAAGAGAGACGGAAACAGCCUAUAGCGGAGGUGAAAAGCAGAUUGUCUUGAUGCUCCCUCUUCCACAUUGUUCUGCUGUCAUCAGCGGCUGCUUGACAAUGUUAUCUCCUCCCCUCCUCCUUUUUCUUGCUCUCCUUUUUCCUCUCUGCCAUCCUUCAGUUGCUUUCCUUCCCAUCAUCCCAUCUCUCAGGUGUGAGGCAACAAAAGAAUGUCAAUCCAAGUCCCUUGUAAUUAAUCUUUCUUGGUUGAACAGGGGUGGCGGGGAGAGAGCAUAAUACCUGUGUAAGAAAGUUGCCACUUUUGAGGAUUUGGAUUUGUAUGGCUUAGGCACUCAGAUAAGAGGCAAAUUAUAUUUUCAUCAGGGAUAAUACAAAGCAACGCAAGACACAAAAGCAGGAGGAGGAGGGAGGGGGCGGGAGGGGGAUGGGGUACACAUCGAGCUGCUGUCUUUUCAGUGUAAUGCAGCUUAACAUUUGAUGGGUGCAAUCAGGAGCUGUGAUUUCUAUAGGAGGGAUUAAUCCAUUUACUCUCGACUGGGGACAGGUCAGAGAUAUCGCCUCUUUUCUUCCCCUGUAUUGAUCUGUCACAUCUCUCCGCAGAGUCGGGGAAGAGACGACCUUCAAUUCCUCCCCGCAUGUCAACAGAGUUGAGCUGUGACUUUAUUUGAUAAUGAGACCAUCACCUUGUUGGGUUGCUCUUUUAUUCCUCAAAGUACGACUGAUAGGAAUCCAACUCCAACGCCGGCACAGUCCACGUUUGCUGUGCAGAUACAGCCGCUUGAACACUUAGACUGACCGGGAAUAGUAGAUUGAUUGGUUUGAUUUGAUUACUGUGUCAUGCAUAAAUAAUAGGACCAGUUGUAAACAGGCUUACAAGAUACCUUUAUUAGGGAAAGGGAGCGGAAACUAUGAUAAAAAGAGUAAUGACGAAAAAAAUUUGAUGUUUUUUCCAAGCUUUAGAAACAACAAUAAAUUAGAAUUAAACAUACAUUCCUACUUUAAGGGGUUUGAGAAGCAUGGUCCGUUAUUGUCUGUGAAACAGAAGAUGUGUCAGAAUUUCUGCAUGAGGUGCUAAAUCAAGUCUGGUCCUCUAUCUCCUCCAUCCAGAGCGGGAAGGGACCCAUUGCCGCUGACGCCCCAAUGCAGCAACAAGGCACCUGGCCGGCACCAUCGCUCAACCAGGGCGUCCAAAGGAAGGUCACAGUGACAGGGCAGCAGCAACAGGGACCUGGAGGAACACCGCAGGCUGGCCGAGGGGGAAUGGGCAACCCACAGCAGAGCAGGGUAUGUCAUAACGAGCACUCUUGUGCUUAGGACACCAGGAACCAUUUCUCCUAAAAGAUAUAUAUAUUAAUAGUGCAGAGUUUGGCCUGUGGAAUAAAAAGAAGCUAAAAUGUCUCCUGUAAAGUUAUCCUGUGCCUCUGGCACCAACCUGGCAUUCAGGAGACAUACCAAUCGAGCAGCAGUGGUAAUAAGACAGGACAGUAUGCCAGGUGCAGGAGUAUUGACAAGCUGAGAGCAGUGUAACACAGGGGGCUACACAAGGUCCCCUGGCCUCUCUGCACGCCUGUCACCACCAGGCUGCUGUCACACUUCCCAUACUCACUGACGCUGACAGGGUAAGGCAGUCACCAUAACGCUUGCAUGGCUCCUCUCCCUUUCAUGCUCCCCCGCCCCCAACACACACACACAUACAUAUCCCCUCUACCUCCUCUACCAUCUUCCGGGGGUCUCCCCUCCUCCUUCUCCUCCUCCUCCUCCUUCUCUUCUUCCUCUGUAGCGGAGGAAACAUACCUCUCACUCUCAAGCUCAAAUGAAGAUAUGCCAUCCCACAUGCAUCAUGUUCUGACGUUGAUGCUCUAUGUAGAAAUAUGAUAAGUCAAUCAUGUGAACGCCUGGCAUGUCUGAGAGGAAAACAGUGUUUUCACAUUUUACUGCGAGCCGAGAGGCUCCUCAGCACGCAGUAAGACGCAGAAUUAAAACAUCAACAUGCCGGUUCAAGAAACGAAAGCUUUAGUCUUUGUUGUUCGUCUCUCUCUCAACACUCUUCCCUCGUGAUAUUAUUUUCAAAAACAAACGUGGUUUAAAAAAAAUGAUGAUGUCGUAGGUUGUCGUGUCGGGACGGGGUCGAGGUAGAGGGGGUGGUCCAGUGGGUCGUGGUCGUCCAAUGUCCACCAGACAGAGCCAAAGAAGUGAAGAGAGUGAACGCUGUACUGUGUCCAUCGAGGGCCUCUCCACAUCCACGACCGACAUGCAACUGAAGAACCUGCUCAGGUCCAUCGGGCCCAUAGAGGUAAGCAAACCAGAUUUAUUUAUUUUUGUUUUCUCUUCCUUUAAGUCUCAUUAUGUCUUUAAGGCUACUAAUCUGAAAACUCAAAACUCACAAAAUUAACUCCAACAAAUUAACUAAAGAUAUAACUAACUGUGAGGACGUUGUCAGUGAAUGAUAGAUGCAUUGAACGCUGUACUUUUACUCAGCACAGUCGAGAUAAUUACAUUGUCUUAGUGUGAUCCCAUAGCGCCCUCUGUCGCAGUGAUUAGGUUAGGAGCGCGGGUCAAUGCUUCAAUCAAUCUCCAUCCUCCACCCUCACUCCCUCUUGCGGAUUAAAGGAGAAUAUAUCCCUGCUACUUUUUUUUUUUUUUUAACUUAAUCGUCCCUUUUCUUAUUGCAGAUGUUCAAAAUGAUGCCGCAGCAGAGGAAAGCAGUCGCCAAAUUUUCGACUCCCCAACAUGCAGCGAGUUUUCAAAUGAGCUUCCACAGGUAACACACGUCCCCACUUCUUUUUUUUUUUUUUUUUAAUCGUCAUUCAAGGAGCUAAUUAAAUGAUUUGGUCCUUUGCUUAGUUGCCUUUACAUGUCAGGAUUUAACUGCUGCAACACAACAUGUUGUUUUUUUCCCCUGCCUCUUGAGACGAUAGCUCAAACACUGUCAUCACAAUUACCACACAGGCACAUGAUUGAUUUGUCCCACAUUGAUGUGUCGCUGAUUGAUGGAUGAGGAGCACAAAAGAGCCGAAGAGAGAGAGAGAAAGAGAGAAGAGACCUGUUAGAAGAUGUCACUUUCUCCCAGCAUGGGGGGAGCCUCUUGUGCACAGCCUCUCACCUGGCGUAGGAUCAUUCCUGCAGCCCUUUUGUGGGUCAAACACAGUCAGCGUCUCUGCACAGAAGCAUCAUUCAACUUCAUCGACUGGGAACAGUGAAUAGAGAGACCUCUUCUGCGAGCAUGCAACUGUUCGACUUUGUCUAGCAAAAUGUCCAUUGUUGUAAAAUGGCACUGGAGAGACACUGGACAGUUCAUCUUACUCCAAUGUAGUAUGUUAAGACUGUUGUCAGCAUCUCACACGGACACUUUGUAGAUUUCUUUAACAGGAUAAUGGUUGCUCCUCUCAUAACUUGGAUGUAAAAAAAAGAACACAAUCUUUGCAGUCCUUACACACCAUACUCCAAAUAGUCCUUUUCGAUUAUUUCUGGUUUGCUGUUGGAUUGAAUACAGGAGGUGAUUGUAGCCAGCCUUUUUUCUCAUAGCAGUGUUUCUUGCCACCUGUAGAUGGCAGUAUUUCAUCACUAAUGGUGCUGUAGUCGCCCAGUUCAAGCCGGCUCUCGGGCGCAUUUGUGUUUCCAAGCAGUUUUUGGGCUAAUGACGCUACCUAGUGGAGGAUUUGUACAAAGACACAGAGGUGGAGGAUGUAAAAUCCGACACUCAGCAGUGACAGAGACAAAACUGGAGCAGGAUUUAACAUAGAUAUGGUUUCUUUGUCAAUUCUCUUUGUUCCGGGGGUUAUACAUGUAGUUCAUCUUGCAUGGAGUUUGUGGUGCUUUUCAGUUUCAGUGCUGCUUCUUUUGGGACAGAUUGUUUUGAUUAUCCCUGAUGUAGCUCAAACUCUCGGUCAUUUGGCGUUGUCCUAAAUUGUCGUUGGUUCUUUUAACUGUUACCUGGAAUCCACUUUGGUUUUUUCCCCUCAUGCCUUUUUGGAUUUGCAGUAUAUUUUAGUUGUAUGUGUGAUAACAGGACGGUUUGGUUUUGGUUUUUCAGUGAUGCUGAAUGUGAUUUUUUGGAAUGUGUGAGUCUAGUUUGAUUUUUUUAAAUAUUUUUUUUUUUUUACAUUAAAAUGUAUAUAGUUGGAUUUGAUAUUCAUCCUAUGGUUUGUCUGGUGGUUUGGACUGAAUUGCUUACAAUUCUAUUUUUGUGUCAUACACAUUAUGUACAUUUUUGCAAGGCUUACUGGCUCUGAAAUUAAUCUGCAUCCAAGUUGCGUAGUGUAUUUGGAAAGCUUGUUUUCACGCUGAGCCCAUAAUGUAAAUAACACAGGUUCCCAUAGAAAUUGAAUGCCCCUUUAAAGCUAUUAUUGUGAUAAAAUCUACUGUAAUAUCUCUAUUACGCUCUUCUUUAAAAAUACAUUCAUUCACAUAAGAGAGAAGGUCUUGAACAAUCUAAAACUCAUCACCAUUUUCAGACUUUCUCAUAGUUUACACUCUCGUUCAGGGAAUUCUUCCUCAUCACCGAUGGUCCUGAAUCGUCUAAUAUUUGAUUUCAGUUUCCAGCUCUUAAGUUAAAGCUCUGCUAGAACAAAUUUUGCAUUUAGGUUUACUUUAUUUCUUUUCACUCUCAUAGCUUUGUAUUCACUACAUAACAUUUCUGCCUCUCCAGCAUGAGUAACAAAAUCAGUUUGUUAAGACAUUAUCCAGGUUGAGUAAUUACUAAUGCUGUGUACAUAAAUCUGAGAUUUUGACAUAAAAGCAUCUGAGGGGGCAACCAUUAUCUGUGUAGUGAUCAUGUACAUAAGAAGACCAGAACUUUCUCCCAGUAUUUAGAUUCUUUUCAAGUUACGUUUUUGCUCAUGUUGUAUGGAGUUAAGCAUUUUUAUACGUAAGGAUAAGCUGAUGUGUCCAGACAUAGAUGAUUUUACAAGUGUGUAGUUCCUAAUUCACAUCCAAAAUGACGACUGACUGGACUGUCUUUCUGUUUCUAUCAGACAUUUGACACAAAAGUCUAAGGGAAAACAAAAUAAUAAAAACAUGGCCAAUAUACCCUGAGCAUGCAGGUAUGUGAAGCCAGUUCAACUUUAGCCAAAGAUGUGUGGUUGUGUUUGAUGUCCACGUGUCUGGUGCCUUUUAUGGUUUUAUAUCUUUCUUUAUUGUGCAACAUUUCGAUUCUUUUACAUAUUCUGUAAGGGCGUGGGUGCCAAAUUUGCAACACGUUACGCACACUUUAGAGGUAGUUAUAGCAUCUUCCAUUGAAAUGAAUACCACCCAAUGCAGAUUUUUGGGGAUGCCACUGAAUUCUGAUGUUGACGCAACUUGUUUCAUGAUGAGAAACGUGAGUUUUAGUUCGCCCUUUUAACUGUGAUGUCAUACUGAUGUUCAGCCUUUACCUGUUUGAGUCAAAGCAACAAGCUAAAUAAAUAAUGUAGCACUUUAAAUGAGCCUUUUUAUGCUAAGAUAAUUUUAACUCUUUGAGAUUAGUUUUAUUAAUUCAUCGUUGUUGAUCAAGCUGUGCAUCUGGAUGAUAUCACAGAUUCAGUCAAACUGGCUUCCAAGCUUGACAAAACAGCCUCAGUCCUUGACUGUAUUUUGAAAUCAGAUUAAUAAAUUUAGUGGUAUUACCCUUUAAUUAGUCAGCGCUUGAGAAAAGAUUGGAAAUGAGCUGCAUUUGGGCACUUCUUCACAAGAUUCUGAAGGUGCAUGAGUUUUAAAGGUAUUAUAAAAUUUUGAGGUUCAAAAAUGUCUUUUCUCCUCAAUGUUCUCGUUGUGUUUUGUAAAACAUGAAGUUGUGUGGUUACAAGUUUUUUUUGUAUGUUGUACAGUUGUUCUAAACUGACUUCUUUAUGUUUUUAUUCCUUUUGUUUUGAGUUGACCUUACGUAGAGGUUUUUGUUCCAUAAUUCUAUGAAUUGAAUGUUUUUCAUGUUGUGAAUUACAUUUGAGUAUUGGAGCUGCGGUGAAUCCUGUGGAUUUGAAUAAGUAUUGGCCAUGCCGGUGGUAUUUCUAUAGUUACAAGACUUCUGGUCUUGUUCAGAAAAAACAGAUUCAUAUUGAAUCUUUUUGUAUCUUAAUUCUAAGUACAUAUGUACCCAGUUUUUCUAGAACUUUUAGAAACACUCUACUUUUCAAGUUAAUUUACUUGAGGAAUUGGUGCUUGAUGAGCUGCUUGUCUACAGUCUGUUUUUAAUUAUCAGACAGUUUUUCCAAACAUCUCAACUCACAUGGUUAUUGUCGGGUAUUUCAACCGUGGGAUAUCUCUGGGGCUCUUGUGUUUUCAUAAGAGACCUUUUUAUGGCUGCUGAUGACUUACAUGAGACUGUGUUAGAUUCAAGUCUUAGACUUAACAGGUUAGGUUCCACAUGAUUUGACUUCUAACAUCUUUUUCCAAACAGGUCCUUUUGAUGAUCGAUGGUGGAGAGACUUGGAAAUGAUCUUAUCUUUUUUUUCUUUCAGGUCUGUGUUUGCUGCCACAUGUGUGUUUGCUAUCUCUAAAAUCAAAGUUAAUGGACCACACCAAAGGUUUAGCAUGUUAGAGGAAAAGUCAGGGUUUGAAGUUGCUGAAACCGCAACUCAAAACUCAACUCAAAUCCAGAUGUUGGUUGUAGUUCACCCUGGCGUUGAAUUAAAACAAACCAGAUGAAGAUCAACGAUAUCGCAUUAUCUUUGCUUUACUCAUUUUUGGUUCAGUCCUAUUUGCAUGAUAAUGGAGUUGGAUAUUAUUGGCUUCUUCAUUUCGGUAUGGCUUUUUUGGGAAGGUCCAACAUCUGAAAUUUGACUUGGGUGCUUUGUGAUUUGCUCGUCUUACGUAAUACUCUAGAUCAACUUAAAAAACUCUGGCAGGUCAUUUGAAACUUUUCAACUCUAUUUUGAAAGCUUCUCCAAAUUUCUCUGAGGCUUCUCUUUCAAGCUUGUUCGACAAAAUUUUGUUUGCUGAAUGUUUCAUGAAACUUAUUGCUAAAGUCAACUUGUGCUCAAGAAGAUACAGCUGUUCUCCUCAGUUUGUGUUCUUGGGUGUUAGAAUUUUUAAUGGCUGCAUGUUAUUCACUUAAAACCGUAUAUUUUAGAUUAAAUUUCUUCCUUUUGUUCGUACCAGCCAGAACCAGCCCAUUACUUGUCAAAUGGCCUGCAUCGAACCUGAUUAAAGUGAACUUUUUACCUUUUUUAACGAUUAGACUUAGCAGUAUUGACUUGCUAAGCCUUUGGCAUGGUCCAACUGUUUGGUGCUCCUGGUUUAAAGUCAACUGGCUGCAAAGAUGAUUUCUUUUUGGUUUCACUGUUGAGCUUUGAGACACCUGAGAUGAUCAUUAAUCACGCUGGUGUCACCAUAUCACCUAAACCUAAGUGUCCGUAUGUUCGUUUCUACACAGCUUACCGACGGAGCGAGCAGAUGACCAGAUACGUCUUUGUCUUCGUCAAUUUUCCUAUCCUUUCUUCCUCACCUAACACUGUAGGUUUUCUUUUACAGCCACCCGGGAACGAAGACUUUACUUAAGCUUGCCUUCCUCACUUAGUAGUUUAGGCCACAUUUCCUUUCAUUACUGCUUUUCCUGCCACCGCUGUUCUUCCAACUUGCAUAUAAAUGACUCAUCCUGAACUUAAGACUUCUGUACCAAGCAGGGGGACCUACCUGGAUUAUUUGUUAGCCCGCUGGAUGGAGGUUUCCAUCUCUGUGAUGACAGCGCGGUUCACAGGGCAGACACGUUACUCUAAAGCUGCUUUAUGGCUUUCACUGCACCAAAAGUCAUCCUGACAUCUUGACAUGAGUUUGGUUGGAUUUUGAAAAGACACUGCAGUGGUUUCCUGAUCUUGAACAUUCGGUGCACACAAAAAUGACUGAAAACCAACUAGAAGGUUGACUGAAAGUGUUAAUGAUCAAUCCUGUUGUGUGUUCACAUUUCUAUGUUAAACACAAAGUUAUCAUGUUUUGUAUUUGAACAUUUGGAUAUCACUGUGAUUUGUCAUGAUAAUGUGAAACUGGAUUUUCCAAAGAAAUUGUUGUUUGGAUAAAAAAAUGGAUGAACCUUAAAGAGAUAAAAUAUGUUGAAUUUGAUACCAGAAACUUGUGAAAAAUAAACAGUUUGCCUUUAAACAGAUG